AUGGUAAACGGGGCUCAAAACGCAGAUCCGUCAUCACCUGGUCUGCUUCAGGGAGAGGAGUCGACCCAGGACUUCGUCGGCACCCAUCACGACAACUACCUUGAGUCCUCUAGCAGCUCACAGGACAGAUCAUCGAUAGACGUCGCACCGCAGAUGUUUUCAGAUAUCUACGCGCAGACACUUCCGGUCCUCCUUUCUGCCGGAGAGAUCCCGUCCUUGUUGCGCAGCAUGCAUUGUGUCCUCAAGCCGCUAGGCACGCUGCACCUAAUUCUCAUGGACCCCCUACCAGUGGAGGCAACGCUGGGACCACGGAUGAGGGCUUGGCUGGAGGAACAUCUGCUGAUCAAUUUAGAGCGACAGUUUCGGUGCGUAAACCCGACAACACAAUUUCUGCCGUGGCUCCGGGACGCACAUUUCCAGCUUGGAGAGGGUGACAAAGUGGUGAGCAGGUUUCCGGCUGCUUUGCCUGACGUGUCUGGUGACAGCAGCAUUUCCAGAGAAGUGUCUUCAGUCAAAUUGGGCAAUGGAAAGGGCAAAGAGAAGGCCGAUAAAAACGAACAAGGCACAAACGACAGGCAGCUCCGACUGCUUCACAAUAUUGUUGGACAGAAGCUGUGGCAGGAUAUAUGGGGGUCAUAUGUGACGGCAGACCGGUGGUGGUGGGAGGAUGCGUUGUGCCGCGAAGAAUGCCUCAGACUGGAGACAGCGUGGGAGUAUCACAUCCUGGGUGCCGUCAAAAAGAGCAUGGCGCCAGGGGGUGGAAGGAACUAG